AUGAAUGUCUCUUCGGCUGCUCCCACGACAAGUUCUUUUCGGUAUUUACAUAAUGAAACAACUCGUAGUGGCACUCUUCGGUCCGUUAAACCAACUCCAACCAGGCCCUUAACCAAAGACGAGAUUGCACACCUUCCACAUUCAAUCGCACAGCGCUGCCCAGUCAGAACAUCUGAACAUCAGACCAUAUUUGUUAAACAACCAACACUGGUCUUUCCGAUCAGGACGGUGUCUAAGAAGUCACAACAGGCUUCCUCACCGGACAUAUCGUACGAGAGAUUCCACCCUGAGCAUGACUCUCUCCACGUAGAAGUCCCCUUCUUCAGUGAGCUUACGCUCAAAAUCAUCCCGCACAGACAACAUCAUCUGGACGAUGACAAAAGAAAAUACCGCACCAUACCAAGGCAUCGAGUGGACCGAAUCAUUUUCAACGACAAAGGAGUCUCUGUCGUGAAUGCGAAAUUUCUUCGCAAACUCAAGUCCACCAAACGUCAACGUUUUCGCCAAAGAGAUUUGAACCCCGAGACGAUUCAUGACGUCACGAUAGACCCUCGCGACUUCCGGAUCCCCGAUAACGAUAUCAUCACCGACGAAACACUUUACCAGGAGUUACCUUUUCCGCGCAAUACCACACCACAAAGUGAUGGGCAAGCGCGAAGAGAGGCCAAGAAGAAAGGGAACCUAAAGGUUUCCCGGCAUUGA